AAUUUUCCAAGAACGAAGAGCUAAAACUAAAUAAUGAAACCUGAAUCAUUCAAGGCCCCUGUUGCAAGAUUACCUAAAGAGGAUGGAUAGGAGGCUCAUAGAAGCUGCGCUGACAGGAAAUGUUCAAGACUUGCAAAAUCUCAUAAAAGAGAAUCCCCUCCUACUCAGGUCAGCUCCAUUGGCAGUUUCUGAGACUCCGUUGCACAUAGCUUGCAUAGGAGGCCACAUUGAUUAUGUGAAAGAGGUUUUACAUUUAAGGCCGGAGUUUGCUGAAGAGCUCAACCAGGAUGGAUUUAGCCCCUUGCAUAUUGCAUCAGGUAAUGGGGACAUACAAAUUGUGAAAGAGCUUUUGCAGGUAAAUUGCUUUCUGUGCCUGAUCAAGGGAAGAGAGAGGCGAAUCCCGCUUCAUUAUGCUGCGAUUAAAGGCAGGAUUCAUGUCAUCCACGAACUGCUUUCUGCUUGUGCCGAGUCAGUUGGGUAUGUGACUGGACGAGGUGAGACAAUCCUUCAUUUGGCUUUAAAGAACAACCAAUUCGAGGCCUUUGAAUUCUUGGUACAGUACCUGAUACGGUCAAACAAUCGGGAGAUCUUGAAUAAGAAGGACCAUCAGGGUGAGUCCAUUUUGCAUCUUGCUGUCUCGAGAAAGCAGUAUGAGGUAAUCGAUUUCAUGCUCGACAAAAAUGUUUUUCAUGAGGGCAGAGUUGAGGUCAACUCGUUGAACAAGAGGGGUUUUACGCCUAUUGAUAGCUUACUAUCUGAAGGGGGCGAUAGAGAAAUAGAGGAAAUGCUUAAAGCAGCUGGGGCUAGAAUGGCAGCAGACUUGCAGUCACCUCAAAAUGGAGCAUCAUCUGAUAAUUUGGUCGUCACAACUCAGAGUCCAUCACCUUUCCAGUCAAGGAGAGUGCGCGCUCAAUCUCCCUCAGCGAAGUUGCUAAACUAUUUCAAGUUUGACAAGCUUAGAGAUUCUCCAAAUGAAGUGCGAAACACAUUGCUUGUGUUAGCUGUGUUAAUUGCAACAGCAACAUAUCAAGCUGUGCUUAGUCCACCCGGUGGCGUUUGGCAAGACGACUCUUUGCCUAGUCAAGGUACAGGCACAAACGCCACAUCCACCAAACCCCACAAAGCUGGAGAAGCAGUAAUGGGCACUCACCGCAAGACUUCUUAUGGUCUUUUUCUGAUUUUUAAUUCAAUUGGAUUUUUUAUGUCCACUUUCAUGAUAAACGUUCUCACUGCUGGAUUUCCCUUAAGAAUGGAGUUGCAACUCUCUCUUUUGGCGCUUAUGGCAACUUAUGAUACUUCCAUGGCUGCAAUAUCACCAGAUGAGGACAUCACUUUGUGGUUCACCAUUCUAUCCGCAGUUCUGCCGGUGUUGAUACCUAUAGUAACCAAGAUAAUGAGGGAUCAUUGCAAGUUACAAAAGUUCAGACUACCAUCAGUUCUGAUGGAAGUUCUCCAGUUCUGAUGAUGUUUUUCAGCAUGUAUGUAGCUACUUUCUUAAUCGCUGUUCUGUAUUUCUUUUGUUGGUUCAUUAGGAUAAUCAUGUCAAUUUAUUGUGAGUUUAAUCUCAUUUUACCAUAUAUUAA